ACAAUACAAACUUUUAUUAAUUUUCAGGUAUGCUGGUUUUUUGAUUUGCAUAAAUCAUAGACGUGUCAUCAAUGAACACCACCCUUAAUUUAAAUUAUUCAGUAGAGCUCAGCUCUUACCGAGAUCAGCAUUUCAAGGGUUCACGUGUCGAACAGGAAAGAUGCUUGCGAUAUACAAGCACAUUGUACAUUGGCAACUUGUCCUUCCAUACCACAGAAGAACAGCUUUAUGAGCUCUUUGGUAGAGCUGGUGCUAUCAAAAGGAUUAUUAUGGGUCUGGAUAAAUUCAAGAAAACUCCAUGUGGAUUUUGCUUUGUGGAAUAUUAUACCAGAGAAGAUGCUGAGAUGUGCAUGAGGUACAUCAAUGGCACCCGCCUCGAUGAUCGCAUCAUCCGCUCUGACUGGGACACUGGUUUCAUUGAGGGCAGGCAGUAUGGCCGCGGCAAGACUGGUGGCCAGGUGCGAGAUGAAUAUCGGACUGAUUUUGACUCUGGGCGAGGAGGCUAUGGCAAGAUAGUCCAGCAGAAAUUGGUCCACGCUCCCACCAAUUGAAGCUUGACUUCUUUUAUUUAAUGAUCUUCAUCAUCCUAUUGUUAAGGCUCACUAGUCGUAGCUCUCCUUCUCAUCUUGUAUGAAAAUACUUCAUAAUGAAUGUACGGUACUGGUUCAAUUCCAUUUUAUGUGCUUCUUGUUCACAAAUUCACAAAGAUUGUUUUUGAAUAACUCCUGAUAGAGACAGUGAAUAUUAAAUUAUUCAAUGUUCAUUUGAAUAAGUAAUAUAUAGAUUUGAAGCAUGUUUUUGUUAUGAAAUUCUUCAAUUUUGUUGCUGAAACUCCAUUUACUACUCAAAACUUCAUUUUCUUGCUAGUUGAUGUGUUUAUUCAAAGUAACUUCCUCUGUUGGCUCGUACUAUAUUUAAGUGUGUUAUUUUACACAUACAUGAACAAUGUACUUCAGCUCACAUUCUGAGUUUUAUUAUUAAGAAGAAAUUAUUAUUAUUA